AUGCACCCCUCCAUUCUCUUCAAGCUCGGCGUGGUGACGGCCUUCGCCUCGCUGUCGACAGCCCACACUGUUCUCACGACACUCUUCAUCGAUAAUGUAAACCAAGGCGACGGCACCUGCAUCCGCAUGGCCAAGCAGGGCAGUGUUUCCACCCAUCCCAUUGCUGGUGGCCUCGAGAGCCCGGAUAUGGCUUGUGGCAGGGACGGUGAACAGGCUGUGGCUUUCACUUGUCCAGCCACGGCUGGCUCCAAGUUGACCUUUGAGUUCCGCAUGUGGGCUGACGCCUCCCAACCCGGCUCUAUCGAUCCCUCCCACCUCGGUUCGACUGCCGUAUAUCUCAAGCCGGUCUCCAAUAUGAGCACUGAUCCAGCUGCCGGCGAGGGCUGGUACAAGAUCUACGCCGAAGGCUACGACACAACCGCGGGGAAGUGGUCGACCGAGAAGCUCAUCGCCAAUAACGGCCUCCUGAGCGUCAACCUGCCCUCGGGGCUGUCCAGCGGAUACUAUAUCGCCCGCAGCGAGCUCGUUACGCUCAACAACGCCACCGACGACUAUGUCGACCCGCAAUUCUACGUCAACUGCGCGCAGCUCUUCAUCCAGGGCGUCUCCGACUCCCCGAUAGUCCCCUCAGACAAGCUCGUCUCCAUCCCCGGCCACGUGCAUCCCACCGACCAAGGCCUGGGCUUCAACAUCUGGAAGGACGACCCGAUCAAAACCCCCUACGUGGUGGUAGGCCCGGAUAUCUUCUUUCCCACCGCCGGCACUACCACCACCGCCGCCGCCACCACCAGUAUGGAACCGUCCCAGAAUCAAACCGACGGCUUCAUCCCGGCCAACUGCCUGCUCAAAAACGCAAACUGGUGCGGCGUCGAAGUGCCCGCCUACAGCGACGAAGCCGCCUGCUGGGCCUCGUCCGCCGACUGUUGGGCGCAGCUCGACGCCUGCUACAAAUCUGCGCCGCCCACGGGCAGCCGGGGCUGCCGGAUCUGGGAAGCCCAGAAGUGCGCCGUCAUCCAGGAGGCGUGUGGCGCGGGCCAGUGGCGGCAAGGGGAAGGAGAAGGAGGAGGCCCGCCCAACGCCGGGCAGAAGUUUGUGGAUGUCGACGUGGACCAGCCCGUGCCGGGGGGCGUGAUCCCCCCCGCGACGAAUGCGGACGGUGCAGCGAUGGGCUCUACUUCAACCUCGACGGCUGCUGGUGCGGGUAAGACCAGUUCGUCGAGCCGGAAGCGCCGUCGUCUUCGUGAACGCCGGCCGAGACGGAACUUGAGCGGUCACUAG